CAAACCCUGGUACCUCGUGUGUUGUCUCAUUCUAGCUUUGGAGUGCCGGUGUUUAGGUGUUUUUUUUCUAACUGGCCAUCGAUGCUGAACCACCAGUCUCUAAGGCCAACAACAUCCUAAGGGGAACACGCUUUCGUUUGAGAACUGUGACUUUAAAUGCAGCCUUGAAAAUGGCUCUCGGUUCACAGUCGAACAUGGUGAUUAUCUGGGCGGCCCUGGGAUCACUCCUCGUGCUUCGGGGGCACGUCGCCGCCCAGGAAAACUCGCCAGGAGGGGAUACCUUCCCGGACACCGCAUGGGAUUGCAGUGGAUGGCAUACUGUGGUGUCGGGAGACGAUUGCUCAACCAUCGAAAAGCAAUACAACAUCACAGCGGACCAGUUCUUCGAAUGGAACCCUUCAGUGUCGGAGGACUGCCUCACCAACUUCUGGCUGGAGAGUUCCUACUGCGUGAGGGUCGGCGCGCCGGGGCCAACCAUGGAUGGCAUCGCACCCAACUGUAAUAAGUGGCACACGGUUGUGGAGGGCGAUGAUUGCUCGACCAUUGAGAAGCAAUACGACAUUACUGCGGAUCAGUUCUUCGAAUGGAACCCAGCGGUGUCAAAGGAUUGCAUCACCAACUUUUGGCUAGAGAGCUCGUACUGCGUCGGAAUCAACAAAGAUGUCUCACCCAGCAGCUCUAGCACGCAAGGAUCGACAAAGACCACGACAAGCAGUGCCAGCAGUAGCACUAGGAGCGUGGUGACAACCACAAGUCCUUACUCGACACGCAACCCUGUUACCUCGUACAACGAAAGUGCCCCGUACACGGCGACUGCAUUCCCCCCACAACACACUCAACCGGGGCAACCAGGCAAUUGUAACCGGUGGCAUUGGGCAGCACCUGGAGAGAGCUGUGAAGGAAUUGUGAAUCUCUAUGGAGCUAGGCUCACAGAGGAGCAACUUCACGAGUACAACCCCACCCUUGGUGAGGACUGUAGUGGAUUGUACUUUGGGUGGUAUAUCUGCAUUGGCGUGCAGUCCCAGAGCUCUUCCAGUAUCGGUUGGUAUACGAGUCAAGACGGCAAUGCGUCCAUCCCGGAGCCAACUGAGUUUGUCCGGCCCCCUGCAACCUACGUUCAGAACUUUACCGCUCAGCCCCAGCAGUCGGGUAUUCCUGCGAGCUGUCAGAACUUCUACCAAGCCGAGAGUGGAGACACGUGCAAUACCGUCUUGGGGAUUUACAACUACAUCACCAAAGACCAAUUCUUCGCGUGGAAUCCUGCGCUCGCGGAGAACUGCAAUGGGCUCCUCUACGGGGUCUACUACUGCGUUGCCAACUUUGCGUCGACUGACCUCCCGAUGCCACCCACUUUGACGGCAAGCGCAUCGCCGACAGCUACCGGCACAACACAGGACUGCAAAUCAUGGUACCUUGCCGUUGGAAAUGACGAUUGCGCGUCCAUUUCCCUCUCCUUCGGGACCUUUUCCGAGUCUGACUUCAUAUCUUGGAACCCCAGCGUCCGCAGCGACUGCAGCAACCUCAAACAGGAAACCUACUACUGCGUCGCCAUCCCCGGCACCCCCACGACACGCACCGAACCAGCACCCACGACGCCCGGGGACGGCAGCUCCCGGCCGACACAGAGCGGCAUCGCGGCGGACUGCACGCGGUACUGGCUGGUGUCGCGGGACGACACGUGCGGGUCCAUCGCGUCGGCGGCACGCAUCUCGGCGUCGGCCUUUUACGCGUGGAACCCGGCGGUGGGCAGCGACUGCGCGGGCCUGGCGCCCGACUACUACGUGUGCGUAUCGACGGCCCCAGUCACCACCCACCCGGCCUCGACCGUCACUCUGCCCAGCGACGGCAGCAGCGGCCCGACCACGACGAUCGGGGUCACGACCAAGCCCCCCGCGAGCUCCUCCACGGGGCCGUCGUCGUCGUCGUCGUCGUUGUCGUCGACCGCCGGCCCCGGCGAGCCCGUCGCGACGCCCUCCCCCGCCAUCCCCGGCAUGGUGGACGGCUGCGUGCGCUUCUUCUUCCGCGGGCCUGAUGCUGCGGGCCUCUACUGCUAUGACCUUGCCGCCGCGGCAGGUAUCUCGCUUGAUGACUUCUACGCGUGGAAUGCGGGUGUUGGGACGGACUGCGCGGGUCUAUGGGCGGAUACGUGGUACUGUAUCGGGGUUUCGGGGCCGCAUACCACCAUCUCGAGUGGGACGCCGAAACCGCCUGCGGCUACGCCGUGAGGGAGAACUGUCUGUUUCGAUAUUAGGUUCGACGGGUG